AAGCACCACAGCCUGAUAUCCUGGUGGACAGCUACAAAUAGAUAACAUUGACGCAUGCAUGGCUGAGACGAGCCAAAUUUGAAUCUAUCAUACCAGAGCUUCGUGACCAUGCUGAAACCUUUCAAUCUUGCCCUGUUUUCACUUUGUCUCCCGAGUAUCGGGUCCGCGGCCCCGCAGCAUCAGGAACCUUGCGCCCUGCUGGGUGACCUCAUUGAAAGGGCCGCCAAAGAGAAUCAGACGUCCCCAAAAUUCCCCGGCAAUGUGGCCUACGAUUGCCUCCAGUCGAUCCCGUUCAAACCCGACCCAGCUGUGACAUUUCUCGACCAAUACAGGAAAUGGCUAGAAUUCCAGUCGAAUAUCGACAUUCUGCGAGACCCUCCUCCCGCGUAUCCGGUGCCCGGCGUCGAUCUCAAAGCCGGAUUGGACGAUAUCAAGAAGAAGGCAGUGGGGAAUGCCUACCAGAGCCAGUUUGAUUUCGACUCCGACAUCGUGCAGCUAAUCCUAGCCGCACGCGAUGAGCAUCUUUCUGUCAAAAUGUGCUCGAUCAACGUUGUCCAGUUCACCAACGAUUAUCCUCUUGUGUCCAUCUCGAAGGACGGGAUCGAUCUCCCCGAAGUAUACACACAUCACGAUGGCGAGCUCCAACGGAACGGCGUUGAGCAUGUCUCUCCGGUGACGUUCAUCGAUGGAGUGGCCGUGAGCGAGUAUCUAGCAAAACUCUCUCAAGUCGUCCAUUACAAUGGUUACAACGCGCACGACCCGGACGCUCAAUACAACAAUCUUUUCCCGUCCAAUGCCCACACACUGGGCGCCAGGUCCAAUGGGACCGGAGGCUGGGCACAGAACCGACUGUGGCCAGGUUCAUCUCACACGUUGAAGUUCAAGAACAGCACUGAAAUUACGGUGGAGACACACGCACAACUUCUGACACCGCUCACCCACUUUCCCUGGCGAGACGGCCCCUCCUUGUACGAUAAGCUCUGCGUGAAUAGCGACGAGGCCACGCAGGACUUUGCCACAUCACCUGAGUCGAUUAAGUCAGCAAAAAGGAUGCCGCUAGAUGGAUAUCCAGAGCCUUUCACUCGUUCCAAAGGAGAUGAAAUUACUGGGUACCUCCCCGAUCAUCCGGCUCUCAAGGACGUCGCCGUACUGUCGGUCCCAACGUUCGGGACAAUCUACACAAGAAGCUUCUCCCGGGCAGCUAAAGACCUUAUUAAGAAUGCGACGGCUCGAGGUAGAAGCAAAAUCAUCAUUGACAUAUCUAGCAACACCGGCGGGGUCAUAACUUCUGCGCUUGAUCUUUUCAAGAUGUUCUUCCCGGAAAAGCUGCCUUACACCGCUAGUCGAUACCGUGCGCACGAUGGCCUCAACCUUCUCGGAAAGGUAUAUCCGAACGGGGAUCCGGACGACGGGAGGGUCGAGAAAGACGGGCAAUUUGUAUACUGGGCUGGAGAAGCCGUGACGCCGGAUCUGGAACAUAACAUCACGUCCUGGCAAAAGCUCUACGGGCCGUACGAGACGGUUGGAAUGAAUUCAACGAUGCUGAUAUCUACGACCAAUACGAAGCUGCGGUCGACAGAGGAAUCACCUGUUAGUGGAUAUGGACCUAUUCCGUUAGAUCCGAAAACCGCUCCUUUCAAGGCUGAAGACAUCGUUAUUGUCUCCGACGGCAUGUGCGGUUCGGCCUGCGCCAUGUUCGCCGAGCUCAUGCUCGAGCAAAACGUCAAGAGUAUUGCCUUUGGUGGCCGGCCCCAGAAGGCCGAAAUGCAGACCAUCGGUGCCGUAAGGGGUGGAAUUCUUGCCAGCCUUACAGGUCUGUCGCGCCUGGUCACUCGGUCUUAUGAAAAGGCCGUCGGCUCCUCUGGCACCGACUCGCCCCUGUUGACCAGGGGUGAACUACAAUCUUGGAAUGAGACGCUUCCAAACAUACCUUUCAGCCAACUCGGCGUGGCGUGGGAAGCUGCUGUGAAUAUCCAGAACGCCUUCGCACAAGAUGAUGACGAGCUGCCGAUGCAAUUCACCUACGAGCCUGCGGGAUGUCGGAGGUUCUAUACGGCGGAGAAUGUGUUGUCGCAGGAGAGUGUCUGGGCUGAUGCUUCGAAGGCGGUGUUUGGGAAUGGGGGUUGUGUACACUGAUGGCCCGGGGAUGAGAAGUCUGUUUAGCCGUUGAUCGUGCCUCAUAGGGCGUGAAAUUC